AUGAAGAGAAGUGAAGAGGAGAAGAAGAAAGAGAAGGAAAAGGAGAAGAAGAAUGAGAAGAAGAAUGAGGAGGAGAAAGAGAAGGAGAGUAGAAUUAUGAUGGGAUUUGGGUUGAUUUGA